GCAUACAAUUCCAAGAGCGAAGAAAAUGACACCCCUUUCUGGAUCUCUAAAGUGCUUAAAUGUUGAGCUGCUAGUUGCUUAGUUAAAUAAAAAGAAGCAUGAGGGAAGAGCAAAUUGGUGAGUUUCUUGAAGCCUUCUGUCUUUUUGACAAAGAUGGAGAUGGGUGCAUAACCAUGGAAGAAUUAGGCACUGCAAUCAGAGCACUAGAUUUACAUCCGACGGUGGAAGAGUUGCAAAUUAUGAUGAAUGAAGUCGAUACAGAUGGGAACGGAACCAUAGAAUUCGAGGAAUUCUUGAAUCUCAUGGCCAGAAAAAUGAAGGAAAGUGAAGCAGAACAGGAACUGAUGGAAGCUUUCAGGGUGUUUGACAAGGAUCAAGAUGGUUACAUAUCCCCCAGUGAGAUGAGAUCUGUAUUGAGAACAGUAGGAGAGAAGGUGACAGAUGAGGAGCUGGGACAGAUGAUAAAAGUGGCUGAUUUGGAUGGUGAUGGUCUUCUUGAUUAUCAAGACUUCGUUAGGAUGAUGUUGGCUGUUUGAUUACCAAAAUUAAACAUUUAAACUGAUCAGGAUUACAAUAAUACAUGUAUUAUUGGUAUAAUAUUUUGAUUAAUUGAUCAUUUAGUAUUUCCUAUAUGUACGCAGGCAACUAUUAUAGCUAGAUUAUCUCACCUUUCAAUAGCUGUACGUAGCUAUACUUCGUGGAAUUUCUUUUGUUUUCAGCAGAUUAAUUAUAUUUAAUGUAUUAUU